CCAAGAGAUAACUAAAAACAGCUCUCUUUUAAAAGUUAAAAUCAAUUAAACAUUCGCAAUAUCGAUUCGCGGUUGUUGUUGAUUAAAUGCAGAAGCAUCAUCUCAAUCUAAUUAACCGUAAUAGCUAAUCGGCAAGGCGGGGCAAUUAUAACAACGGGACAGUAUUUCAUAAUCAAGUUGCACGCGAAGCAGGGAGUCCUUAAGGGGGUCUCUUAUUAGCUAACAGCUGCGAGAGAAGAUCAAGUGGAUUGCGCGGCGGACAGGAACGGAUCUCCUGAUCGGAACGUGGAUCUUCAACCGUUUCAUUUUAUUUUUCAAUCGAGUGCAGGGAAGAGAGGGUGGCAACGGGGGAUGGAAAGAGAUCAUCUAUACAGAGCCCAAAUAGAUUGAGGAAAGAAAAUGGAACGAUGGAAGAGGAAAGCAGAAAUAAGUGGGGAGAAAGACGAGAUUGAAAAGUUGCGGAAAGCGGCGGGAGAGUCUAUCGAAUACGUCUGAUUAUUCCGUACACGGCACUGUGCCGCGCGAAACAUAUACGCAAAAUUCCGCAAAUUGCAAAAGGUGUUAUCGAAACAUAUCACCGAUCAUCGGUGAUCUUUGGUCCUUUUGGUGUCGUUGCAUCUUCCAAAAAUUCCGUUGUAAUCCCGCAGCUGCAAAGGACAUUUGAAAGUAGAUUUGGCUGCAGGAUUUGUCUAAAGAAACAUGUACGGUCUAAUCUUGGAAAAUCUAGCCGAAUAUAUAAGGCAGGUUUACGGCGAAGACAGAUGGGAAGAGAUCCGCAGACAGGCGUCUGUGGACCAGCCGAGCUUUAGUGUUCACCAGGUCUAUUCGGAAAACUUGAUACCAAGAUUAGCGAAAAAAGCAAUUCAGGUACUUGGUGUAACGGAAAAGGAAUUCUUCGAUCAAAUGGGUGUGCACUUUGUAGGAUUUGUCGGACAGUACGGUUACGAUCGCGUACUCUCGGUGCUUGGACGGCAUGUGAGGGAUUUUCUCAAUGGUCUAGAUAAUCUCCACGAAUACCUCAAGUUUUCCUAUCCGAGAAUGCGAGCACCUUCGUUCAUCUGCGAAAACGAGACUCGUCAAGGGUUGACUCUUCACUAUCGAAGCAAACGCCGGGGCUUUGUCUACUAUACAAUGGGUCAAAUAAGGGAAGUCGCUCGGCACUUUUAUCAUAAGGAGCUGCAGAUCGAGCUGGUACGCGAGGAAGUGCUUUUCGAUACUGUCCAUGUGACCUUUCAACUUACCUUCGACAAUCGUGCCUUCACGCUAGCAUCACUCGCGAUGACCCGUGAGGAGAAACAUCUGCCGAUCGGGGCGUGCGUGCUUUUUGAGAUAUUUCCCUUCUGCAUCGUUUUCGGAUCAGAUAUGAUUGUUAGAAGCAUCGGCAAUUCACUGAUGGUCAUAUUGCCAGAUCUGGUUGGCAAGAAAAUUACUUACUUCUUCGAUUUGGUUCGACCUCUUAUUGCGUUUAAAUUUCAAUCGAUAUUAAACAGAACAAAUAACAUUUUUGAGCUGGUUACUGUUGAGCCAGUGCUUACGGAACGAUUGAAUGAUCGGCACAGAAACGAAAUUCUCUUAAGUGACGAGCUUGAGACAGUAGAAGAUAAAACUUUACGAUUAAAGGGUCAAAUGAUAUAUAUGGACAAUUGGAAAAUGAUGAUGUAUCUUGGGACACCUGUCAUGCCCGAUUUGAACGCUUUAAUAGCAACAGGCCUUUAUAUAAAUGAUCUCUCGAUGCACGAUUUUAGCCGGGACCUCAUGCUUGCUGGAACCCAACAGUCUGUGGAAUUAAAACUGGCCUUAGAUCAAGAACAACUCAAGAGUAAAAAAUUAGAGGAAUCUAUGAGGAAACUGGAUGAAGAAAUGAAGCGUACGGAUGAAUUAUUAUAUCAAAUGAUUCCCAAACAGGUCGCAGAUCGUUUGAGAAAUGGUGAAAGUCCGAUUGAUACUUGCGAGAUGUUCGAUAGUGUAUCGAUCCUGUUUUCGGAUGUAGUGACCUUUACUGAGAUCUGCAGUAGAAUUUCACCGAUGGAAGUCGUGUCAAUGUUAAACGCCAUGUAUUCGUUGUUUGAUACUUUAACCGAAAGAAAUCGAGUUUACAAGGUCGAAACUAUCGGUGAUGCUUACAUGGUAGUCUCAGGUGCGCCAGUAAAAGAAAACGAUCAUGCAGAUCGUGUAUGCGAUAUGGCGCUUGACAUGGUAGAAGCAAUAACCGACCUCAAAGACCGUUCAACAGGCAACCAUCUUCAGAUACGCGUUGGCAUUCAUAGUGGCGCGGUUGUAGCCGGUAUCGUUGGCUUAAAGAUGCCACGAUAUUGCCUCUUCGGCGACUCCGUCAAUACAGCAGCUCGCAUGGAAGCGACAAGUCAAGCCAUGCAAAUACAUAUAUCUCAAUCCACCCAAGAAUUGUUAUCACCCUCAUACAAGGUGAAAGAACGUGAAGAAAUCGAGGUCAAAGGAAAGGGCACAAUGAAGACCUAUUGGUUGGAAAAGCGAGAACGUCGUUCUGUCACAACUAAGGGUAUCACUAUACAGGAGCCUCAUCAAUGGCACACAAAGAGUUUCGAGAAAAGAGUUCCCUCGGUGGGAGCUAUAGGUCUGAUAAGCACAGGUAUGUUCGACAAAUCGACUUCGGGAGACGCGCUAUCGAGACGUAGAGGCUCGUCGAAGAUGUCAUCCCCUACGCCGCCGGGAUCCUCGGGAUUCCUUUCUGAAGAGAGAAGAAUAUAUUCUCCUAUCACUUUCCAAGAUGUCGCGCUACGAUCGAUCGCAAAUUCACCGACGAAGAAUGUGGAAGUACGAGAAUGUCGAUCGAAUUCUAUGGGUGCGGUAGGCACAAGGAGCGCAUCAGACAUGUUCAGUUCUCUCCUGAACGAUACGGAGGAGCACUUUCGACAGCACCGGGAUAACUUGUCUCCGCGCGUCGGAGAAAAUCAAUCAAUGAGCGUGCAUGUAAAAUCAGAAGUGAAGAUUAAUGCCACUUCAUCCUUGUCUUCACAGAGUUCCGAAGAAGAAUCGAAUUUAUCGUUGGAUUUCACACUACAAACGCAAAAGGAUAAUGCAGAUGCGAGAAUUGGUAACGAUAACGAGUGCGCGGCAAUCAAUAGCGAUCUCAACAACUCUCAAUUGUUGAUGCAACAGGACCAGUGUUGUCCGGGAUUUACUAUCUCAAAGAGCAACAAAAUGCGUCAUCAAGGGAAUAGCUGUAUUAUUGUCUAAUGCAGAAGUUGAAGAUUGUUGCAGAUUUAGUAAUUUUUUAGAUUUCAAUGGUA